AUUGUUACUUUAUACAUGUUCAAAGAUGAUUGAGACUUACGUUGUAAGAAUUAAUUUAAAGCAAGAAAAAAGGAAAGAAAAAAAAAAAAAAGAAAAGAAAGAAGUCAAUAAUAAUUACAGACAUAAGACAAUGGAAUAAAUUUCUAAAAAUAAUUUCAUUCGCAUGAAACACUUUUUCUUUUCGCAAAGAAUAACUUUCAAUGAAACUUUAUCUAUAUUACUUAUUGCGAUGGGACUUUCCAUGAAGAAAAAAAAAGAAAAAAAAGAAAAACCACAACAACAAAAACAAAGGGGGGGGGGAGAAAAAAAAGAAGAUAAAGUAACAAUAAUAACAGCAACAAUAAUUUCAAAAUCAAACCCUUUGAAGAAUCUACCAAACGAGAAAGAAAAAUUCAUUCCACUUUUUGGAUUAUUCAGAAAUCUAAGAGAAAGGUAUAAGAAAUGGAGGAAUAAUAAAGAAGGAGGUAAUCGAAUCGCGAACGUCGAACUCAGUUUUUCGAAUCGACAUACAACCAAGACACGUAUUUGCAAGCAUUGAUGUCUCUCCCUCUCUAUCUCUAUCUCUAUCUCUAUCUCUUUCUUUCUCUUUUUCUCCCUCUCUCUUUCUCCUUCUGUUCAACUCAUGGAACGUAGUUGGAGCCAGAGUAUGCCGUGAAUACGAGCGUACGCCUCGUUCUAAUGACCUACUCUUAAUACAACCAAUGUAUACGUGUCCGUUGUAGCACGAAAGAGAAGUCCCAAGCUGCAUAGUGCUCUUUGCGAGGGACAAAACUUAAGUUCAGUCAUCGACCGACCGGUUUCCUGUUUCGAGUACCGUCGGGGGUCUCUUGUCACUGACUCUGAUUCACCGUUCGCCGAUGCGAGGAGAACAGUGUCGCGAGAAAGCAGGGUCCUCGAUUCGAUCAUACAGACGAGGCCACCUGUCGCUUAAAAGAUGCGCUUCGUGAUUUUUGCAUCAAUUUGUCUUUUGACAUUAGUCGUAAGACGAGUAUUAUCUCAUGGAAGACUGAUAGAACCACCCUCAAGGGCAUCUAUGUGGAGAUAUGGUUUCGACACUCCCCAUGAUUACAAUGAUCACGAGUGCUAUUGCGGUGGCUUCACUAGACAAUGGCAACGAAAUAAAGGAAAAUGUGGAAUUUGCGGAGAUCCUUGGGACUCGUCUACCCCACGUUUGCACGAAACUGGUGGAAAGUAUGGAAAUGGGGUGAUCGUUCGAAGAUAUCGAACUGGUUCCGUUAUACCGGUACGCGUCGAGUUAACAGCAAAUCAUUUUGGCUAUUUUGAAUUUCGCACGUGUCCAAUGAUCUAUCGUGACAAGGAAGUUACACAGGAAUGUUUGGAUAAGUAUUUACUACGUGGAGAAAAUCUUACAGCAAGAUAUUAUCCUGGUCCUGGUAAUAAAGUCUUCGAAGGAUAUUAUAAAUUACCAGAAGGAUUGACAUGCAGACAAUGCGUAUUUCAAUGGAGAUACAUAGCUGGAAAUAAUUGGGGUGAUUGUGGAAAUGGGACAGGUGCCAUUGGAUGCGGACCGCAAGAGGAAUUUCGUGCAUGUGCCGACAUUGCUAUCGGUGACAAUGAAACUUUAUCGUUACCAGAUCUUCCAAAAGUGCCAACAACAGAAAGUACACCUAUGGAUACAUCAACAGAGGAACCAACUUCGAUACCAAUAUCAGCACCCUCAUGGUUAUUCAGUAUUAUCAUCGCUGGUACGUGUCUUUUGGUGGUGCUGGCUGCUAUGGCACUGCUUUACGCGUAUUAUUACCACGCUGGUAGAGCCAAAAAAUGGCUUUUGCAAAGAAGACUUCUGACACCAGAGAAUCCACCUGUGGCUCCGCCAAGACACAAGAAAUGUCACAUCUCUAAUGCACAAUUGCAAAUGUAAUAAUACACAACAACGAUUAUUGAUUUUGUACGUGUUAUUAUAAAAGAAAUUUCUUUCAUAAGAUUUUUCUUAAGUAUACCCAUUGUAAUUUUAUCUCUUUUUAAUUGUGUCCCUUUAUAUAAAUUUAUAUAGAUUUUUUUUUCUUUUUUUAAUUUUUUUUUUUUUAAUAAUAAUUUUUAUAAACAUCUGCGCGUACGUGUGAUCGAACGUGAUCAUUGCGUGAAUUGUCAAAAGAAAACAAUUCACAAACUUCUUAUGUAUUUUCCAUUGUGUAUAUACGCAUUAUCCAUUUAUACAUUGACGAUAUUUAUUAAUUAAUUCCAUGAUAUACUUAUUAUUUUCUGUAUACUCUGUUACAAUAAUCAAUAUAUAUAUAUAUAUAUAUAUAUUUUUUUUUUUUUCUAAUAAAAUUAGAAUAUAAUAUUUAACAUGUAUACUGUAUAUAAAUAUUAGAUGCUUGCAAGUUUAGUUAAUAAGAAGAACAUGCGUAGAUUGAAGAAAGUUUUUAGUAGCUUUCUUUUGCCACAGCUUUUUUUUUUCUUUCUUUUUUUUUAUUUUCUGUCUA